CACACACACACACACACACACACACCUGCUGUGACCAGGCAAAGAUCACUUCUUCUACUGCAGUUCUGAGAGAACACACACAGAAUGGCAUCCGUCACUCUCCUGUGCCUCCUCUCCCUCCUGUCAAUCACCUGGGCGAAGCCCCGCCUCUCCACCCCAGCAGAGGACAUGGCCACACUCAUCAACAAGGCCAACAGCACCUGGAGGGCUGACUCCAGUUUCCAGGGUUUGGGCACCAGUGAUGUGAAGAGUCUGUGUGGUACCAUCCUGAAUGGACCAAAGCUUCCGACCAUUGAGCUGUCUGUAGAGGGCGUGUCUCUGCCCGACACCUUUGAUGCCCGGCAGCAGUGGCCCAACUGCCCCACCAUCCCACAGAUCCGUGACCAGGGCAACUGCGGCUCCUGCUGGGCCUUUGGUGCCGUGGAGGCCAUCUCUGAUCGGAUCUGUAUCCAUAGCGAUGGGAAGGUCUCCGUGGAGAUCUCAGCAGAAGACCUGCUGACCUGCUGUGAUGGGUGUGGGAUGGGGUGUUUUGGUGGGUUCCCCUCUUCAGCCUGGGAGUUCUGGACCAAACAGGGCCUGGUGACAGGAGGACUCUACUCAUCUAAAGAAGGCUGCAGGCCCUACUCCAUCGCCCCCUGUGAGCAUCACGUCAACGGCACGCGCCCCCCCUGCUCUGGGGAGCAGGACACCCCGAAGUGCACGAGCCAGUGCAUCCCAGAGUACCGCCUGUCCUACCCCAAAGACAAGCACUACGGUAAGGACUCGUACGGCGUCCCCUCAGACCAGAACCAGAUCAUGAUGGAGAUCUACAAGAACGGGCCGGUGGAGGCAGCCUUCAGUGUGUAUGCAGACUUCCUGCUCUACAAGACAGGUGUGUACCAGCAUAUCACUGGGGACAUGUUGGGGGGCCAUGCCGUGAAGAUCCUGGGCUGGGGGCAGGAGAACAGCACCCCCUACUGGCUGGUGGCCAACUCCUGGAACUCAGACUGGGGAGACAAGGGCUACUUCAAAAUCCUCAGAGGACAGGACCACUGCGGCAUCGAGUCGGAGAUUGUGGCGGGGAUCCCUCGUAUGUAGACCCCCCCCCCC